AUGGCACCGACACCCAUCUUGCUCGCACCAGAGCGUGCACGAGCAUCCGGCAUCACUCUCGCCGACCAUGAAUCUGCCUUCCGCGAAAACUCGGCCACCAUCGUCAUGCCCUCUGCUGAAGCUGCGUUCCUCAACCCUGUGCAAGAGUUCAAUCGUGAUCUUUCGACGCUUGCCAUCCGUACCUGGAGCGAGAGACUGGAUGCCGAGAAGAAGGCUCGCUUUGUGCGAGCCGCUCAACGCAAAGCCGCGACUGCGUCCUCGAGCAAGGGAAAGGCAAAGCGCAAAGGUGUUCAGGCUGCCAACGGAUCAACCAGCACCGAGGGUGCUAUUGCGGCUCAGGAGGAAUCACAAGAUGCAAAAAGGGCAAGAGUCGAUGCAAAUGGAAAUGGCGUCUCAACCUCUUCAGUGGCCGAGGAUUCGCUCCCAGACGAAGCGCCGGAAGCUUCCAGUAGCACACUCACCGCUUCGCCAGAGAGCGAAUACCGCAACUACAAAUUCACAUUGCUCGAAGCACUUAGUGCGACAGGCCUGCGCAGCAUUAGAUAUGCAAAAGAGAUCCCUUUGCUGCGGUGGGUGCUUGCCAACGAUCUUUCUCCGACGGCGGUAGAAAUGAUGAAGCGAAACGUCGCGCUCAACUUCCCUCCGGAUCGUCCGGUUGACGAAUGGAUCGUGUCCGAGGCGAACGAAACCGGCUCCACCGAUAACUCAACGAAGGAGAGUGAGUGCGAUGAGGAAAUGGACGAGGAUGCCUUGGCAGAAAGAGAGAACGAAGCGAGGGCGAACGCCUCAGCAAAGUCGGCAGAAGUAGUACAGCAAUCACAGGCCACAGAAGCCGCACCAGAAGUAGCAGAAACGGCUACUGCAUCAAUCGCUUCUGUCAAAGCGAAAGACUCGACUCAAUCCCAGACGUCAUCGGCAGCCAUUCAUCCCGACUGCAAGGUCAAGCUCAACGCCGGCGACGCCAUCACUCUCAUGUACACCCACAGAGAACCCAACAAGCGCUUCGACGUGGUCGACCUAGACCCAUACGGUUCCGCUGCGCCCUUCAUUGACGGCGGUGUCCAAUCCGUAGCUGACGGCGGACUGCUCUGCGUCACCUGCACCGACUUGGCCGUCCUAGCAGGUCACAACUAUCCGGAGAAGUGCUUCUCCCAAUAUGGCGGCGUUUCUGUCAAGGCCGAGUUUUCGCACGAAGUAGCACUCCGCCUUGUGCUCCACACCAUCGCCACCUCGGCAGCACGCUACGGCCGAUACAUCCAGCCCAUGUUGAGUCUCUCGAUCGACUUCUACCUGCGCACCUUUGUACGUGUUUGGACCGGACCCGUCGAGGUCAAGAAUGUCGCGAGCAAAACCGGCACCGUGUACAUCUGCACGCACUGCCAGGACUUCCACGUGCAGCGAUUCGGCCGCGCAACGCAAACCACCAACACCGGCAAGAAUGGCCAGACCAACGUCAACUACCGCUUCAAUUCGGCGCAGGGACCGCCCGUAGGUGAACGGUGCAACGAGUGCGGCAACCGUAUGCAUCUCGGCGGCCCCAUGUGGUUGGGCGAACUUCACGACUCGGAUUUCUGCCAAUCGAUUCUUACCAAUCUCGAUGCGAAUCCUUCGGCGUUCCACACCACGCCUCGAAUUCGAGGAAUGGUCUCCCUAGCAGCCCAGGAGCUCUCCUCCCCGGACAGCCUCUUCUACUUUACACCGCCCAAAGCAUCCGGUCUGUUCCACUGCGUCUCACCCCCACUCGACAAGAUGGUCUCCGCCCUGCUGUCCGCAGGACACAAAGUCAGCCGCUCGCACGCCGCAGCAGGUUCACUCAAGACCGAUGCAAGUCGUUCGCAGGUGUUCGACAUUUUGAGAUACUGGGUCAAGACGCAGCAUCCAGUCAAGAUGGAGAACAUGAAGCCAAACGAUCCGGCAAGGAUUUUGCUCGCGAAGGAAGCGAAGGGAGAGUACGAUUUUGAGAAUACAAAGUCGAAGGAGGUGUUGGAGGCGUUGGGUGCGAGUGAGAAGCUGGUCAGGUAUCAGAACAAUCCUUUGCCCAAUUGGGGGCCGGGGACGGCGGCCAAGGGACACAAGGGCAAGAAGAAGAGGAAUCUGAGGCCGGAUGAUCUGGAGGGGUCGAAUGUAUGA